CCACUGCGCAGCCGCAGCCCGGGUGACGAAGAUGGUGCUCAUCAAGGAAUACCGUGUAGUGUUGCCAGUCUCUGUGGAAGAGUAUCAAGUAGGGCAGCUCUACUCUGUGGCUGAGGCCAGCAAAAAUGAGACAGGAGGAGGAGAAGGCAUUGAAGUGCUGAAGAAUGAACCCUAUGAGAAGGAUGGGGAGAAGGGACAGUACACACAUAAAAUAUACCAUCUAAAAAGUAAAGUCCCAGGUUAUGUGAAGAUGAUUGCGCCAGAAGGAGCUUUAGUUUUUCAUGAAAAGGCUUGGAACGCUUACCCAUACUGUCGCACUAUUGUGACGAAUGAGUACAUGAAGGACGACUUCAUGAUAAAGAUCGAGACCUGGCACAAACCUGACAUGGGAACAGUAGAAAAUGUCCAUGAAUUAGAUGAGCAGACGUGGAGGACUGUCGAGGUGGUGCCCAUAGAUAUUGCAAACAAAGAAGAAGUGGCCCCUGGGGACUAUAAGCCAGAAGAAGAUCCUGCUCUUUUCCACUCACCCAAGACAGGCAGAGGACCUCUAGGCCCUGAAUGGAAGAAUGAGCUGAAGGGAGAUUGUCCUUACAUGUGUGCAUACAAACUGGUCACUGUCAAGUUCAAAUGGUGGGGUCUGCAGACCAAAGUGGAAAAUUUCAUCCAUAGGCAAGAAAAGCGUAUUUUCACCAACUUCCACCGCCAGCUGUUCUGCUGGAUUGACAAAUGGGUGGGUUUGACCAUGGAGGACAUCAGGCGGAUGGAAGAGGAGACUCAAAAAGAGCUUGAGGAGAUGCGUCAGAAAGGAGAUGUGCGAGGCACCUGUGCCACAGAUGAGUAGAAGCCCGUCGCUGUAGGUCUGACACUAGAGGCAGGCUGACUGCGUAAAACAGGUCCGAUUCGAGGCACCAGUGCUGCUCAUGAGCAAUGAGGCAAAUCAACCAAACCCUGUCACGAUGAUGUCAUCAGAGACAUAUCCACCACGCUGAGGAAAUGGCCCUGAUUGUCGCUUCUUCGCUUCCUGUCUCACAUGAUUCAUUGGGGGGUUUGACAUGAUUGGUUAACAGUACUGUACAGAUCCUACCCCCCCCAGUCACAAGCCUCCUGUUCACUCAGAGAAGGAAAAACAAAAAAAAGACAAGAAAAAAAAAAGUUUUGCAUUCAUACAAAAAUGAAAAAAAAACUCUUUGCACAGAUCGUAAAUUGCCUGAUAUGUAAUUGUUAGUUGAUUAUUCCAAUGGGCUUUGUUUUUAUCCAGGUGUGUAAAUGGUGACUCACAAAGUCAAGCCUUUUAAAUUCAUUAGAAUGUUGUUUUUAGCUACACGUUCCCACACAAAUUUGUAUGAGAUGAUUGAAGCAGGUAUCGGACCAUUGAUUUCCCCACUUUCCCCUUGUAUUAUAACUGUCUGUCUCUAUUUUAAACCUCGUCUCUCCCCUCAGUAUUGUCAAUAUUCUUGUCCUGGUAAAAGUUUUUCUCGAUCCUCUCUACCCUCGUCUCACGGGCCCUUUAUGUCUGGCAUUUUCUUUUCUUUCUUUAGUUUGAAUUUUAAGGUAGAUCAUGCCUAUUUUUAUGGUUUAAAAGCAAAAAUAAUGCUCAUGCAUGAUGGGUAAUUUAACGUUGCCCACCCCUCUCUUUGACACAAGUGCAUGUGGACAACAGCAACUCCUCACUUUUAAACUGUCGCUGCAUGUCUACAGCUGCUGCAGUGCGGCUUUGCCCAAGUGGCUCCUGUGUGUUGUUUAGAGGGCAGGUUGGUGCCCUCUAGGAGAGUCUGUACUUUACACCUGUGUGUUAGCGUACGCAUCUGUAUGCUUGUUUGUGUUUCUAACUGCCUUCACUCUUAAGACUGUCACUCUGGGGACUAAGAUGGUUAAUGUUCAGCGUAAGAUCAAGGCUUCUGAGUGCUCUCACACCACCAGCAGCCUCCUGAACUUCGCCUCAUGCUAUCGCUGCAUGGCCUUUCUCCUUGGCUAGGGCUUUAAUUGGAGGGCUUCCAAACCUCCACAAAAGCUUUUUUAUUUUAUUUUUUUUUUUAUAAACUUAAAUGAGGAUGAGAGUCUGUGCGCUGCUGCGUGCAUGAAGGUAGUUUUUUUUUUUUUUUUUUUUUUUUAAUAUCCUCAAACUACUUUUUCCACUCUCUACUGACAGAACAAAUGGGUCCAGGCAGAUCUGCUGUUUGUUACAGUUAUGGAUUAGCUUAGUUUUGUUUUGUUUUUUCUCAACAAUGUAUAAUUUUUUUUUUGUCUAAAGCUUUUCACCUACCUUAACUACAAGAAAGUAGUGUAGUAUGAGACUGUAAAUUUGACUCUUGCAGUGAUCUAGUCAGAGCCUCGGUUUGGAAACAGGUCGCUCACUUUCCUCAGUCACUAUUUUUAAAAUUUUUUUUUUUUUCCGGCUGUAUUGACUUCAGGUUAUAGCCGUUUAUCACAGCAAGAGUUCUUUUCAUACUGAAGUUAACACAGAUCAGGUCGGGCUCAAUGUAAAAUAUUUAGGAUGUUUUUUAUGAUCAUGACGUAGUUUGGUUAAGGCUUUCGAUCAGAUGUGUGUGUCUCCAAAAUUCGUAGGUUAUGUUAGAACCUAUGUGUGUGGUUUCUGUUGAACAGGUAAAAGAGAGCCUUAUAAGUGUACUUUAUAAAAGGCCCGACUUUACAUAUAAAACACUCAUCAGCAUCGCCAGGUUUAUCAUUUAAUACUGUACUGCUAAAAGUAACUUUAAGGAAGUUGUAACGUUGGUGGAGCACAUGACGGCUCUGUUGACAGCGUGCUGCUAAAGCAGAGCAAACUGUCCAUGUGUUGAUUUAACUGUACCUCAUCCAUGCUUAUGAAUGUACAGCUACACGGAUAAAGGGAUAGAUGUUGCAGGAUGUUCCUAACUCCAGGGACGCUGGCAUGUUUCACACCUGUACAAGCAUGACAUGGACCCAUUAUAUCACCAGGACGAGGACAAAUAGGUUUAACAAAACAGCUAAUUUGCAUGCUCUUUUUUUUUUUUCUUUCUUUUGUUUAGAAUUUUUUUUCUCUCAGUUUGAUCUCUCGAUGCUGUUGAGAAGCUCUUGAAUUGCAUCACACAAAGUUUUCUUUAUAGGGCAGGCCUCUCCCCAAAAUCCAGCUGCAUUCAGCUUGACCUCAGAAUUGUAUGACGAGGAGUGAAAAGCCUGAGCGAGUUUGAUGACGGGAGUCGUCCUGCAGACUUGGAACAGCCUGUGUGAUGUACAGUUUUGUAGCAUUAGCAGUGAUGCCAGCCAGGGUAUGACUGUGAGGGGAGGGAUAGAAGCUUAGGGAACAGACGGAGUCCAAAAUAAUGUUUUUCUUUAUUAUAAUCAUGAAAAAGCAUCUGUGAAAUCUACUGGGGGGUUUUUGUUGGGUUUUUUUUUUUCUUCUAUGUUUUCUUUUUGUUUUUUUGAAAGACAAAGAUUCACAGUGUAUUCAGUCUUCUCUUUUCUGAUAAGGCAAAAUUCAGGGGAAUUAGUAGUGAAUGUAAUAAAAUUAGUUCUUUUUUUCCACAGCUUGCAAGCUGUGACUGAAGGUCUAGACAAUGGAACAUAACAGAAUAUCUAAUAAAUUUGAAAAAAUAAGAGCAGCA